AUGCUGCGCUUGCUUUCAGCGUUCUGGUAUCUGAGUGCUCUUUUCAUGUCAACCUCCUCCCCCGAGUCCAUGAGGAUGCUGGGCAAUCUCCGCAAAAAGUGUGCCGCUCUCCAGGGUUCUCGUGAAUCCUGGGUAUGCCACCGCAAACAAUGCUUCUACUUCGUACAAAGCGCAUACAAGUUCGAGUGCUUUGGCCGUGUUCCAGCGGAUGCUGUGUACGAGCAGAUCCGGUUCAUGGCGCGGGGUGAGUUGACGAUCUGCUUCGUAGCCAUCAAAGUAGUGCACGGAGUCGAUGCGAAGCAUUACUUCGACCAUGGGUGA